UCAGCUGUGCCCAAGAACGCCAACGCGAAUGAAUCGUUUUUGCGACAACGAGCAAGACUCGCGAAAUAGCCAAGGAGCAACAGACUAACCAGCACAACAGGAUGUCCGACGACGACGAGUCGGGUGUCCAUCGGCUGGAGGGCACCGCUGGCCAGGAGACGCGCGGCGGCCUGGUCAUCCGGAAGCCCAAGGAUGCCGGCGCUGGCGGUGGCGGUGGAUUCAAGGUGCCGCAGGGAUCGAUGUUGGGCCUGGACAAGCUGGCGGCCAAGCGACGGGCCGAAAAGGAGCGAUCCGAGCGACUGAUCUCCUUCAAGGACAGCGAAUUCGAUGACACCGGCGGCGGGAGCUCCACGCCGCAGGCCAACGCCUCUGGCGCUUCCAGUGAGUUUGCCUUCAAGAAACCGGACACCAAGAGCUUCGAAAAGCUGCGCGGCCAGCUGCGCGAGCACAAAGACGAUACACCCUCGCACACCGGCGGCGUUUCCGAGAAGGCACGCGAGCGUCUGCGCGAGCACAUCCAGCGGGACAGAAAACGUGGCCCAGUCAGCAGCACAGCGGCAGAGGGCAGGGACAGGGAUCGCGACUGGGAUCGUGACCGACGCAGGGACCGGGACAGAGAUCGGGAUCGUGACCGCGACCGGCGCCAACACAGAGAAAGGGAGCGCGAUCGGCACCGCAGCUGGGAUCGGGAUCGUGGUCGUGAUCGUGAUCGUGAUCGCUCCAUGUCCGAGCGCAGUGUCCAUACGCCGCGUGAGCCGGGAACACCAGGCGGCAGCAGCGGUGGCAUAUCCAAUAGCUCGUGGGACGACGAGGACGGCGAGUUUGGACAGCGCAAGUCGGACUGGGAUAUGCCAACGCCCAGACGCCAUGGCAACAAGUCGGGUGAUUGGUCAGUGCGGAGCGGCGGCAGUCGGCGUAAUCACGGACGCCAGGAUGACACUGUCCGGCCAACGCCAGCGCAUCGCUACAAUCAGUGGGCACACGGUCGCAAGCGAAGCGGCGCAACGCCAUGGGGCGAGGAUCCCGAAUCGCUGGAUCUGUGGGAGGAGGAGCAGCGUCGCCUCGACCGCGAGUGGUACAACAUUGACGAGGGCUACGACGAUGAGAACAAUCCAUUCGGUGGCCCCAACUCCGAGUACUUUCGCAAGCGCGAAGAGCAGCUGGAGCAGAAGAGAACAAAGAGAAUCAGCGCUCAGCAGCGCCAGAAUAACCGUGACAACGAGUUGUGGGAGCGCAAUCGUAUGCUCACCUCGGGCGUGGUCACAUUGAUCAGCGUCAACGACGAUUUCGAUGAGGAGGCGCUGGAGCGAGUGCAUCUCCUGGUGCAUCACAUAAUACCGCCAUUUCUCGACGGCCGCAUCGUGUUCACCAAGCAACCGGAGCCGGUGGUGCCCGUCAAGGAUCCCACCUCGGAUAUGGCACUGCUGGCGCGCAAGGGCAGCGCCCUGGUGCGCAACUAUCGCGAGCAAAAGGAGCGGCGCAAGGCGCAAAAGAAGCACUGGGAGCUGAGCGGCACCAAGCUGGGCAACAUUAUGGGUGUACAGCGGCCGCAGGACGAGGACGAUAUGCGUUUCGACAAGGAGAAGGACAAGGCCGACUAUCGCAAGGAUCAGAAGUUCGCCGACCAUAUGCGCGACCAGGAUACGGGUGGCAAGAGCGAUUUCUCGCGCAAAAAGACCAUCUCGGAGCAGCGCCGCUUCCUGCCCGUUUUCGCAUCGCGUCAAGAGUUGCUCAACGUUAUUCGCGAGAACUCGGUGAUCAUUAUCGUGGGCGAGACGGGCAGCGGCAAGACGACACAGCUAACCCAGUAUCUUCACGAGGAUGGCUACAGCAAGCGUGGCAUGAUCGGUUGCACGCAGCCGCGUCGUGUGGCCGCCAUGUCGGUGGCCAAGCGAGUCUCCGACGAGAUGGACACCCAGCUGGGCGAGGACGUGGGCUAUGCCAUCCGUUUCGAGGACUGCACGUCGGAGCGCACGGUCAUCAAGUACAUGACGGAUGGUAUUCUGCUCCGCGAGAGUCUGCGUGAUCCGGAACUAGACAGCUACUCCGCCAUCAUUAUGGACGAGGCCCACGAGCGAUCCCUUUCGACGGACGUGCUCUUUGGAUUGCUGCGCGAGAUUGUGGCCCGGCGACAUGACCUGAAGCUGAUCGUGACCUCCGCCACGAUGGACUCGAGCAAGUUUGCCACCUUCUUCGGCAACGUGCCCACGUUCACCAUUCCGGGACGCACCUUUCCCGUGGACGUGAUGUUCAGCAAGAACACCUGCGAGGAUUACGUGGAAUCGGCGGUGAAGCAAGCGUUGCAGGUUCACCUCACGCCCAACGAGGGCGACAUGCUCAUCUUCAUGCCCGGCCAGGAGGACAUCGAGGUGACGUGCGAGGUGCUCGAGGAGCGACUGGCGGAGAUCGAUAAUGCGCCGGCACUAAGCAUACUGCCCAUCUAUUCGCAAUUGCCGUCCGAUUUGCAAGCAAAGAUCUUUCAGAAAUCCAGCGAUGGAUUGCGCAAGUGUGUGGUGGCCACGAACAUAGCGGAAACAUCGCUAACCGUCGACGGCAUCAUCUACGUUAUCGAUUCCGGCUACUGCAAACUGAAGGUCUACAAUCCGCGCAUCGGCAUGGACGCCCUGCAGAUCUAUCCCAUAUCGCAGGCGAAUGCCAAUCAGCGCAGCGGUCGUGCCGGACGCACAGGACCCGGUCAGGCGUACCGCUUGUAUACGCAGCGCCAGUACAAGGACGAGCUGUUGGCCCUAACCGUGCCCGAGAUUCAGCGGACCAAUCUGGCCAAUACGGUGCUGUUGCUCAAGUCACUGGGCGUCGUCGAUCUGCUGCAAUUCCACUUUAUGGAUCCACCGCCGCAGGAUAACAUUCUUAACUCGCUGUACCAGUUGUGGAUCCUGGGAGCACUGGACCACACUGGUGCGCUGACCACACUGGGUCGCCAGAUGGCCGAAUUCCCGUUGGAUCCGCCCCAGUGCCAGAUGCUAAUCGUGGCCUGCCGCAUGGGCUGCAGUGCCGAGGUGCUGAUCAUAGUUUCCAUGUUGUCCGUGCCAUCGAUCUUCUACCGGCCAAAGGGCCGCGAGGAUGAGGCGGAUGGUGUGCGCGAAAAGUUCCAAAGGCCCGAGUCCGAUCACCUGACCUACCUCAACGUUUAUCAGCAGUGGCGCCAGAACAAUUACAGUUCGACCUGGUGCAACGAACAUUUUAUCCACAUCAAGGCGAUGCGGAAGGUGCGCGAGGUGCGGCAGCAGCUUAAGGACAUCAUGACGCAACAGAAUCUGAGCGUUAUAAGCUGCGGCAUCGACUGGGACAUUGUGAGGAAGUGCAUCUGCUCGGCAUACUUCUACCAGGCGGCCAGGCUCAAGGGUAUCGGAGAGUAUGUCAAUCUGCGAACUGGCAUGCCAUGCCACCUGCAUCCCACGUCCGCGCUGUAUGGCUUGGGCACCACGCCCGACUAUGUCGUCUAUCACGAGCUGAUCAUGACCGCCAAGGAGUAUAUGCAGUGCGCCACCGCUGUCGAUGGCUACUGGCUGGCGGAAUUGGGUCCCAUGUUCUUUUCGGUUAAGGAGUCCGGUCGCAGCGGGCGCGAGAAGAAGAAACAGGCGGCCGAGCAUCUCAAGGAGAUGGAGGAGCAGAUGCUGAAGGCGCAGCACGAGAUGGAGGAGCGCAAGCAGCAGGCCGCCGAACGGGAGGAACAGCUGGCCACCAAGCAGGAGAUCGCCACACCGGGCAAUGCCACGCCCCGACGCACGCCGGCCAGGAUUGGCCUUUGAGCAGAUGCAGAUACAGAUACAAAUAUCCGUGUGAAGCGUGUGUUCAAUGUAUUAAUUUAAGUUUAACAAGUUUUUUUGCUACAUCCUAAUAAAGAAUCAUUGUGAACUGG